AUGGCUCGCACGAGUAUGAUGAAAGCUGCCGCAGCAGCAAAUCCCGCCCCCAAGGAACCUGACUGGUCAUGGAAAACUGAAGACGAACUCGCCCGAACAAGACCGUCCAUCGCAGAAGAUGGAAAGUUGUCACUGCCUGGAUUCGGCAGACCCGUGAAUGAAGUGCUCGAGCAAAAAGACUGGGGCGACCGCUACCCACCUACGGCAAAGAUGAUCAAUCGUUGUCCUAAUGCGCUCCAGGAAUGGGCUCCGGAGCCCAUCACCGUGCGAGAAAAGAAUAUGAUGCAGGUUGUCAAUUCCAUCACCGACAAAGCUGAGUGGCGACGAAAAGUUUUCGACGGAGAGAUCAUUGCAAAAUGGCGCGCUGAAGCUAUCACUGAGGAGGGACAAGGGUUUACAGAGAAGAUGUUCGAUCAUUGCAUUGCAGAGCUACAGCACAAGGCUAAGCAGAACGAAGAGAGUGGCUUGACUGCCGUACUCGAUUCCGAGUGGGCUGUUGUCAAGUCUGACACUAUCAUAUCCGCAACAUUGAAGCAAGAGCUUCAGGACGCAGUGAAACCCCUGGAAGACGUGCCCGAAGAGGUAAAGGACUGGCACCCAGGCUCAAAUAACCAAGUACUGGAUCUUGUUCACCCAUCGCUGUUUCCUUUGAUCUACGGCCGAUCGAGGGUCCUUUCUACCGGCACCACUACCCUCGAGGAUUGUGUUCAAAUGACCGGCAAGGGCGAAAUAGUCCCCGAGCCUAGUCAGGACGAGUGCAGGCUUGGUCAAAAGAGGCGUUGGCUCAGUCAGCAAGGUACUGGCACGACUGAAUACUGGUCCAACCGCUUCCAAUGGCUGCCGAGCGAUGUGUUCUUCACGGAGAACGAUACCAUCAAGAUCACAAGCUACAUCAACAACCUCCACCCCAUCCACCACGGAUCCAUCUAUCCAGUUAUUGAGAAGUUUAUCGCCAAGAGUAUACCUGCUUGGGAUCUUGUACUCUCCUCCUACAACAUGCGACUCGACGUUAAUGACUUACGUAUUCCCUUUCACCGAACCGAGUACAUAUGGCCACUUGGCGAAAGUCCUCCACCAGACGUAGGCAGUGAAUUCGAAGAAACGAGCGAUGAGUGGUGUGAGGCUCACGCACAAUGGAUCAGCGACAACCGUGUCCUCCUAAAACCAGACGCACGUGACUUCGCCACUUCCACCAAGAACAAUGCGGUAUGCCCUCUCAAUCUACGAAACCACUUCGCCAACAGCGGCCUCCAAGUAAUUGUCAAACUCGCCACAAUUCACCUUAAUCCUUCCUCUCCCUCUUACGCUGGAGGCUCCUGGCAUAUAGAAGGAAAACUAAACGAACAUAUUGCCGCGACAUCUCUGUACUACUACUCUAGCCACAACAUCACUUCCUCUGCCCUUGCUUUCAGGACAAAAGUAUCCACUGAUGACAUCACGGAACGAGACUACGCUCAAGAUGACAAUGAGGGUAUUUGUUACCUUUUCGACAUUGAAAGGGAUGGUCCCGGUGUCCAAAGCAUAGGAAAGGUGGAGACCAAAGAGGGGAGACUUCUCGCAUUCCCAAAUGUACUGCAACAUCAAGUUCAGCCUUUCGAGCUUGAGGAUCCUACUCAGCCAGGUCAUCGCAAGAUCCUCGCUCUCUUCCUCGUCGAUCCGUUUCAGCGUGUCAUCAGCACGGCUAAUGUGCCCCCGCAACAAAAAGAGUGGUGGGCAGAAGCUGUGCAAGGGUUAGAAGGCAAAUUGGAUGUUCUGCCUCCUGAGCUUCGUCAUCAGGUCAUGACUGAUGUGGGGGAUUUCCCCAUCAGUCUAGAAGAGGCCAAGGUGGUAAGGGAGGAAUUGAUGAAUGAGAGGAGAGCAUUUGUGAAGGACGUCAAUGCCAUGUAUGCGAGUGAUGAGUUUAGCUUUUGCGAACAUUGA